UCAUUUUCUUUGCUUUCUCUGCUUGUCUGGCAAUUUUCCUGGGGUUGGAAAAUUUCUCUGUGCAGCUGAGAAAGUAAAAGAAAAAAACAGAAGAAGGUGAAAGAAAAAGGGAAAGAUUAUCAGGAGGGGAAAGAACUAUUACUUGUUAAAUUAAAUUAUUGAGCAUGGGUUGUUCUUGUUGGCCUGGGAGUUCAAGCAAAAGAUCAGGGGAGCCAACAAACAAGAACAUUAACAAGAAGAAUGAUAUCAGUUGCAACAAAAGUAAACACCGUGCUCAAACACAAGCCAGUUCGGAUGAGUUGAGAGUCGGUGCAUACGAGACUGUAAGAAAGGAAGAGGUAUCUAAGAAUGACCAGUUAUCUGUCGAUGUUAAGAAACUUAAUUUGGGUGAUGAGAUUUCCAAGGAUGGUAAAGCUAGCAAACGGGCACAGCCAUUUACAUUCGAUGAACUAACGGCCGCAACAGGGAACUUUCAGUCGAAUUGUUUCCUGGGUUCAGGAGGAUUUGGAAAGGUUUUCAAGGGAUUAUUGGAGAAAACAAACCAAGUUGUCGCUAUCAAGCAACUUGAUCGUAAUGGCCUUCAGGGCAUUAAGGAAUUCGUUGUUGAGGUAUUAACAUUAAGCAUGGUGGAGCACCCGAAUCUUGUUAAAUUGGUAGGGUUUUGUGCUGAGGGUGAUCAAAGACUACUGGUUUACGAGUACAUGCCAUUAGGAUCUUUGGAAAAUCAUUUAUAUGACCUUCCGCCUGGCCAAAAACCAUUGGAUUGGAACACUAGGAUGAAAAUAGCAGCUGGUGCAGCGAAGGGGUUAGAGUAUUUGCAUGUAAAAUUGGAGCCGCCUAUCAUAUACCGGGACCUUAAAUGCUCCAAUAUUUUGCUCAGUGAGGGAUAUCAUCCGAAGCUAUCCGAUUUUGGUUUGGCUAAAGUUGGUCCCAGUGGUGAUCAGACUCAUGUUUCUACUAGGGUUAUGGGCACAUAUGGCUAUUGUGCGCCGGAUUAUGCCAUGACCGGACAACUGACAUUUAAAUCGGAUAUUUACAGCUUCGGGGUUGUUCUCUUGGAACUAAUUACUGGUAGGAAAGCAAUCGACAAUACAAGAGAACGUAGUGAACAAAAUCUCGUUUCAUGGGCGCGUCCCAUGUUCAAAGACAGAAAAAACUUCUCAAGAAUGGUUGACCCUCUGCUGCAAGGUCAAUAUCCUGUCCGAGGUCUCUACCAAGCGCUUGCCAUUGCUGCAAUGUGUGUUCAGGAGCAGCCUAAUGUGCGCCCAGCUGUAUCUGAUGUGGUUAUGGCUCUGAAUUACCUAGCCUCCCAAAAUUAUGAACCGAGCAAUCAUGUUCACAGUUCCACAGCAAUGACUGUGGAUGAUGACCAAAAAUUAGUUGCAGAACAUGAACUCGAUAGUUGCUGAGCUUGGAGGACAAGAAACCAAAGAAAGAAAAUGAAUAAAAGUUACUGCAGUGUUAAAAUGGUGCCUGGUUGUUGAUUUUUGGAUUGAAGAUGACAACCGACAUACUGCCAACCCGUAAAAUCAUCACAUACAGAGAUCCCCCCCUCCUUCCCCAUUUGGUGGUGUACAUGCGAGUUCUUUUAUGUAAAAUGCUUAGCAUUUUCAGAUGAAAAUAGAUUUAGCCAUCUCAUACCAAAAACAGAAAUUUGAUUACCUGCUGCUAAUGGAAACAAAGUUCUUAC